GCAAUAUUGCAACUACGACAGUUGAUGUGCGACCUGAGUAUAGUUUGGUUAGUGUGGGCGAUUGCUCAGAUUGUUGGAAUCAAUCUUGUCUUCUACGGGAUCAAGAACAUUCGAUGGAAAUUUUUUGUACCACAUUUGAUCUUAAGAGUUCUUGGAACUGCUGUUCUUGGUUGCCUUAUUGCCAUCUUGACAUUUUCUGCUUUAUCUGAAGAAAAUAACACAGCUCAUAUCAUUGGGCUAAUAUUUGUAGCCUUAUUGGUGGUAUUCUGGAUAUAUUCAACGGUGACUGAAUGCUGGUGUGCCCACUUUGUUAAGCGUUCUCAAGAGACCGGAUUUUCAAUUUCUGUUGCUCGUCCUAUAGGACCGGCUACUAUAUCACUUAGUGAAAGGGAGGCACCUGCUUCGCCACCAGCGCGGCAACUACCUCCGUUACGUCACACUUAUGGAGGAAGGAGAGAUCCUCAAAAGUACGCUCAAUAA